AUGCCGCAUUCUGAGUCUCCAGCAUCCACUCCGCCUGUGGCCACGCCUACGAGCGAGGAGAUGGAACAGAUGGAACAGGACUCCCCAGUCAAGAAUGGAACCCAACAAGAUGAAAGCAACACAGAGAUUACCAUGGCAGAGGUGAAUGCCCUGCGCUUGGAGGAAGAGCCAAAGAAGGAGGUCAAGCUGGAAGAGCUAUUCGCGGAUGUCGACUCGGACGACGACGACGACGAAUUCCCAAGCACAGGCAGGACGACACAAAGCCAGGCGCUGCCCACAAGCUCUCCCGUCCCAGACUCAUCAGGCGUCCCUAAUGAUGGCGCCCCUAUCAAAGCCAGUGCCAGCGACCCCGAGGUCAUGCGCAGUUUCUACCAACGUCUCUUCCCCUGGCGAUAUCUAUUCCAAUGGCUGAACCACAGCCCAACGCCCACCAAUGACUUUGGUCACAGAGAGUUUGCCUUCACAUUACAGAAUGAUGCCUACUUGCGAUAUCAGUCCUUCCCAACGGCAGAUCUCAUUCGCAAAGACGUCCUUCGCCUCCUUCCAUCUCGUUUCGAAAUCGGCCCUGUCUAUACCACUAACCCACGCGACCGGAAACAACUCAAGAACCUAUCCGCUUUCCGGCCACUGGCCAAAGAGCUUUGCUUCGAUAUUGAUUUGACAGACUACGACGACAUCCGGACAUGCUGCGACAAGGCCAAUAUCUGUAUCAAGUGUUGGCAGUUCAUUACCAUGGCUAUUCAAGUGGUAGACAAAGCAUUGCGCGAGGAUUUCGGAUUCAAGCACAUCAUGUGGGUCUACUCGGGUCGACGUGGUGCCCACGCCUGGGUCUGCGACAAGAAGGCGCGAACCAUGGAAGACCAGAAGAGGAGGGCCGUGGCAGGAUACCUGGAGGUACUCAAAGGUGGUGCACAAAGCGGUAAGAAGGUGAAUGUCAGGAGACCGCUUCACCCACAUUUGACACGGAGCUUGGACAUCCUAGCACCACAUUUCGCGGAGGAUGUUCUCGAGAGGCAAGACCCUUGGGACACGGACGAGCGGGCAGAGAAGCUGCUGCAAUUACUACCAGACAAGACUCUCAACGAUUCCCUACGCAAGAAGUGGGCGUCUGCGCCAGGUCGCUCAUCAACAUCGAAGUGGGCCGACAUCGAUGCCAUCACAAAAGCUGGCGGCGCGAGCAAGAAUCUUGACACGAAAGAUCUCCUAGCGGCGAAACAGGACAUCGUACUGGAGUACACCUACCCCAGACUCGAUAUCGAGGUCAGCAAGAAACUGAACCAUUUGCUCAAAUCACCAUUCGUUGUACACCCUGGUACUGGAAGGGUCUGUGUACCCAUUGAUACACGACCGGGCAAGCUGGAGGAGUUUGACCCUACGGCGGUUCCGACAGUACAAAACCUCCUGAGUGAGAUUGACGCGUGGGCCGAAGGAGACGGCGCGGGAGACGACAAGAGCAGUAUUCAAGACUGGGAGAAGACCAGCCUCAAGCCGUACAUCGAGCAGUUCAGGACCUUUGUCAGCGUCCUGUUGAAGGAUGAGAGGGGGGAUGUCAAGGUGAAGAGGGAGCGGGAAGAACCCGAGUCGAUGGAAUUCUAA